AAAUUACUAAUUCACCUGUCGCUUUGAAAAGUCUAUUCCAACCCAAACCCAACCAUCAAAAUCCAAUUUGCUCAAACACCUACCAAGCUUUGAAUUGAAUCCCAUCACCUGAGUCUACUGUCUCAAAAUCUAGCUGGGGAAAAAACCCAGAAGAAGAGUAGAAAACAGGAAACGAAUAUCCCCAUCUCUACGCACUUCUUCUUAGAAAUGGCGUACGUAGACCACGCCUUCUCCAUAACAGACGACGACAUUAUGAUGGAGACAUCAUACGUUGUCAACAAUCGACCACCAAUCAAGGAGAUUGCUCUUGCCGUCUCUCUUCUCGUUUUCGGUGUCGUCGGUAUCGUUUUGGGCAUUUUUAUGGCUUCGAACAAAAUAGGCGGUGACCGUGCUCAUGGGCUUUUCUUUGCGAUUCUGGGAGUGGUGCUGUUUAUACCUGGAUUUUAUUACACUCGGAUUGCUUACUAUGCUUAUAAGGGAUACAAAGGCUUCUCUUUCGCCAACAUACCUCCCGUCUAGUUGAUGAUAAGCUGAAGCUUCAAUUUGCCCCAAUUACUUAUGUACAUAUCUUUCUCAAGUUGUGGUUCUUUCUUUAAUGUACUUGCGGUUCUUUAUUUCUUUUAAUAAUUUUGUAAUUUAAUUGUUCUUAACAACUGGUUUUUGUUGCUAUAUAGUGGACUUGUGUCUUGCGCAGUUACUCUGUUGAUGAUAAAACUCUAGCUUCGUGAUCUUAGUUAAUAAUCUAGUUUAUUUCAAA